AUGGCGAGCAGUCCAUCUACACUUUCGUCAAAACCUGGCUACCAAACCCACAUAAGCGAGACGUUCACGGGCGCACGGCCCUUCACAUUGCCUCCCGACUCGGGCUUCAGCCUCAAUCUCAACCUUACCGACCUCAUCGAUGCCCAAGACGAUCAAGGUCGUACCCCGGUUCACUACGUCACCAUCCAAAACGAUUUCUACUCUCUCUAUCUUCUAGCAGAGAAGGGUGCCAACCUCGAUAUGGCUGACACGGACGGACGAACAGCACUACAUAUUGCCUCAAAGCAAGGACAGCUAUCUAUGGUCGAUUACCUGCUAGAGAAGAGGGUAUGGCUUGAAGGAUGGGACAAGAGGGGCUUAACAGCGCUGCACUUGGCGGCUAUGAAGGGCCAUACUGAGGCUGUGAGGUCAAUGCUGAGGGUGGCCGCGCAGAGAGGAAUUCGAGACCUUAGGAAUAUGCAGGAGGACUUUUAUUCUCGGACGUCGCUUCAUUAUGCUGUUCUCACGGUGCGAUUAGAGACGGUCAAGGCCCUCGUGGAGGAGUUGGGUGAUGGGGGGUGCGUUAGUAGGACCGGAAAGAAAGAUGCAAGCGGCCAUCUCGACAUCCUAGACCAUCAGGGGCGGACAGCCUUGCAUGUUGCGUGCACCAUCCUGGCUCAGAAUCAGACCCAAUCCCAGGAGCAGGGCCAGUCUCAUCAUGAAAUCAGCCGAGCCGCCUCAGCCAUUGUCGGUGUUCUAAUGGAUGCUGGGGCAAGUUUGGACAUUCGAGACUUUCAGGGACGGACGGCCUUGCAUCUUGCUUGCGCCAUCAUGUCUCGGGUCCAGAUGCAAACACGAGAACAUGGCAACACUGGUCAUGACAUCAACCACCUCGCCUCUCUUACAGUCAGCACUCUAGUGGAUGCGGGGGCAAAGCUGGAUAUUCAGGACGACAUGGGCUGCACUCCGCUUAUGUACGCCGCGCAAGGAGCACACCUCGGGGCGAUCAGGUGUCUGGUUGACAAGGACAGUAAUGUCGAUGCGGUGGAUGGCCAGCAAUGGACGGCACGGGACUACGCGGAGCACGGCGCACCCCAAGGCCAAGACCGUGACGAAGUUCUUCGGAUUCUUUCCCCUAGUCGGCUGAUGGAUCCUUUCCUGAGAUUGCAGUGA